AUGAACAGCACGAUGCGUCGCGCACAAGCAGCUGCACACGACACGAAACCGGUGCCGGAAAGAGUUGUCCUGGGGAAAAUUUGGUUCACAACUCAUCCGAUUCUCUGCAAAGUGAUUGCGCAAUUGUGCUCUGCCAGCUGUAUCGCUACCCACUGGAACACUCUACUGAUCGCCAUCAAUCGGUACAUCUUGAUACGCCAUCCCACUCUUUAUCGCCGUGUGUACACCCAGGGAAGCGUGUUCCUCAUGUGCCUAACUGUGUGGGUGGUGAUGUUAGGAGCCACUAUACCCAAUCACGUUGACGUCGGAUGGGGCUCGCUCGGCUUCUCCGAUAUCCUAUUCGUCUGCACCUUCGCCACCGACCAUUAUCACUACACCCUUUUUAACGUGUCGGUGUUUUUAUUUUUCCCGGCCAUAUUAACCUUUGUCGCCUAUUACGGUAUCUACCGACAGGUACGGAUAAGCCGCAUCCGAGUGCUGACCGGGCAACCGGGAAAAUCCUUUAGGAAGGAUAUCCGGAUUGUCAAGUCCCUGUUUAAGGCGUAUGUCGUUUAUUUGGUGCUAGUUGCACCCUUCGGUGUAAUAAUGUUGAUUAACAUGGGACAGUUGCCCCAUAUUUGGUACAUGCUGUCGCUGCUGCUGUACCACGGCGUGGGGACGGCCAACUGUUUUCUGUAUGCCGUGCGGUUGGGGAAAUUCUGGGAUGGAUUACGGUUGAUGUUCCACUUGCCGAUGAAGAGCGAGAGCAGCGGAGCGAGUGGACAAUUAUCCACGUCGUCGCAACGGGCCCAGGCGACAGCGUCUUCCAGACGCUCUCAUCAAUAG